AUGGCCUCGGAUGAGAUUAUUUGGCAAAUUAUCAACCAGCAGUUUUGCUCGUUCAAAUUAAAAACGGACAAGAAGCAGAAUUUCUGCCGCAAUGAAUACAACGUCACCGGCCUCUGCAACCGACAGUCAUGUCCGCUCGCCAAUUCGCGGUACGCCACGGUGCGGCAGCACCCGACCAAGCAGACGCUGUACCUGUACAUGAAGACAGUCGAGCGCGCGCACCUGCCGUCCAAGAUGUGGGAGAAGAUCAAGCUGUCCGACAACUACACCAAAGCGCUGGAGCAGAUUGACGAGCGGCUCAUCUACUGGCCCAAGUUCCUCUUGCACAAGUGCAAGCAGCGCCUCACACGGCUGACGCAGGUGCAGAUCCGCAUGAGGAGGAUUGCCGCCGAGGAGGAGCGCCUGGGCGAGAAGCUGGUGCCCAAGAUGGCGCCCAAGAUCAAGCACCGCGAGGAGGCGAGGGAGCGCAAGGCCGAGGCCGCGGCUAAGCUGGAGCGCACCAUUGAGCGGGAGCUGGUUGAGCGUCUGCGACAGGGUGCGUACGGUGACCAGCCGCUCAACGUCAGCGAGGACAUCUGGAAGAAGGUGCUCAAUGCUAUGGAGAGGGACGGCCAGGGCGAGCGGGACGAGGACCUGGAUGAGGGCGUCGACUCGGAGGCCGAAGACGAGGAGGUGGACAGCGAGGCAGAGGAUGGCGACAAGGAGAUCCAGUAUGUGUCGGAUAUUGACGAGAGCGAGGCCGAGCUGGACGAGUUGGAGGACUGGCUGGAGAGCGAGGAGGAGGACGAGGAUGAGCAAGAGGAUGAUAGCGAGGCCGAGGAGGACAAGGUCGGGGCUAAGCGCAAGCGCGGCCGCGUCGUCAAGAUGAACAAUAAGAAGGCUAAGCAGGAGAAGGAGAAGUUGACCCUCACCCACGACCUGGCCUGGUGA